CCCUGGGCGCCAUUGGCGGCGGGGCGGGGCGGGCGUAGUGGGCGAUGGCGGAGCUGAGUGCGGUGCCGGACGUGGAGAUCGACGCUGACGGCGUCUUCAAGUACGUGCUGCUCCGCGUGCGGCCCCCGAGCGGCGCCGCCAAGGACGUGGUGCGGGGCUACGGCUGGGCCGAGUACCACGCCGACAUCUACGAGAAGGCGGCCGCAGAGCUGGAGCCACGGGGCUUCAAGUGCGAGUGCCUGGGCGGCGGCCGCAUUGCUCACCACAGCGCCGAGCGCCGGAUCCACGUCUACGGUUACUCGGUGAAGCAGGCCCUAAUGAAACCCAGCCAGAGCUGUGCAUGUGCUGUGUUCACUGCUGCGUCCCCUGUGGAGGCUGCCACUCGAGGCCCAUCCCACACUGGUCCCUCCGAGGCCCAGGCCAGAGCAAGGCUGGAAGGGUUUGCACCACUGGCGACACAUAAGGGGAGUCCGGACGCUUUUUAA